GAUCCUUCUAUACGGGAGAGAACCAACGGGCCCUGAAUGGGACAGGACUUCCCCUUCACUUCACCUCGCUCUUCAUCUUCGUUUCUGCUCGCAACCUAGCUGCCCCUCCGGUCCUCCACCUCCCGUCCCCGUGCGCAGACCAUGCCUCGCGCAGCCACCGAGGCCGUCGUCCACGGCGAGGGAGGCACGAUCAAAGUAGGCACAACGGGCACCAUCGGCUCCCUCAUGACAAGAGAACUGGACGCCGUCAAGGUCGCGCCGCCGCCACCGGCAGCCGCGGGCAACCCGCGCCUGAGGCGCCACCAAGGCUGUCCUGUCUCGGUGCCGUGCGGAGCCGCUACUCCUCGGAAGACCGUGCUGAGGAAAAGCUCCUCGGACAUCUCCGGCGGCAGCAGGGCCGACCGCGUGAGCGCCGAAGAUGCCUGCUGCAAGCCCAGGAGGGUCUCCCGGAGGAACACGUUCGACUCGCCGAUGCUGCGCUCGGACGGCGCGCUCGUGGACGUCCGGACCCCGAGUGGAGGCAGGGCGAAGAAGAAGGGGGGCGUGUACGGCGUCGAGUUGGUGGACGUCAAGUGCGGUAACCCCAUGACCAGCAGGCUCAGGAAGCUCGGCUUCUGCAAGCUGUCGGAGACGUUUGCGUAGGUGGAGCCUGGCAAGGACCAUGGCCAGCAUCUGAAUACCGUGUGCCUGAUUUAGUGCAGCAAUUAUCUACGAGUUAUUCCUAUGUCUCAUAGAUUAGAAGGGAUUAGAAAAAAAUUAUAAAAUAAUUUUAAUUGCUAUGGAUUGAAACUCACUCAAUCACCUUCAAUUCAUAUGUAUUUUGAUGAAACAGGUCCUAACACUGUUCGGCCUUAGGCUGCGAUCC